AUGGAAGAAGAUCUAAAUCAGAAUGAAGAAGAGACUAAAGAAGAAGCUGAAGAAGAAACUGAGAAUGAAACAGAUGAGGAACCUAAUAGUAUUAAUAGACUAAAUAUUAAUAACAUUAUUAAUUUGGUCAAGACUACAAUUUAUAAUGCUCUUUUUAAUUACUUUGAUACUCUACCAAAUUCGAUUUUACUUGCAAGUAUUUUAGAUCCUAGAUUUAAAAGAAUGAAAGGAUGGCCAGAAGAAGAAAAAGAAAGAACAAUUACUUUAUUAAAAUCUGAAUAUGUUUACUUUAAAAAUAAAAAACUGUUAAAGAGUAAUCAUGAGUCUAAGCUUAAAGAAAAAAUGAUUAGCAAUUUUAAAUUACGCCUAUUUGAAGAAGAAGAAGAGAUUAUUAAUGAUAAUGAAAUUAAUCAUUAUCUUGAUAGACUUAGGAUACCACAAGCUAAUAGAAAUGCUGAUCUAUUUAAAUG